AUGCGCGCGCCGCAGGCCGCGCCGCCGAUGGCGCUCUCGUCAGGCGAGGGCGCCACCGUGCCAGCGCCGGCAGAGCCAGUGAUCCCCAAAGACUCCCUUCCGCGCGUGCCACCUGGGCAGGGCCCGAUCCUGGUCUGGUUCAAGCACGACCUGCGGGUGUCGGACCACCCGGGGCUGCUGGCGGCCGCCGCCACGGGCAGGCAGGUGAUCCCGUUCUUCUGCCUGGACCCUGAGGCCUAUGCUGACUUAGCGCUGCAGCCCAGCGGGCCCAGGGCCCUGGUCGGCGCGCUGGCUGCGCUGCGCUCCGCGCUGCGUCCCCUGGGCUCUGACCUGGUCGUGAGGGUGGGCCCCGCUGAUGUCACCACGGCGGCAUUCUGUGCCCAGAACGGGGUCGAUGCGGUCAUGACUGAGCGCGAGGUGGAGGCCAGGUGGAUUGAGAGCAAGUCGCGCCUCAGCGCCGCCCUGCAGCUGCAGCGCCCCUCCACGCGCAUCGGCAGCUGGGGCGCGCCGCUCUACACCCCGGGCGCCUUCCACCCCAACUUCCGCUCGUGGAAGAAGGCCCGCGGCUCGCCCCUCGCGCCGCUGCCGCCGCCGGCCUCGCUGCCCGCGCUGCCCGCCGGCGCCGACGGCGCUGACCUGGCGGGCGAGAUCCCGACCCUGGAAGCUGCCGAGAAGCUGCUCAGGGAGGCGCUCGCCGCGGGCAUCGGCGACGCCGCGGCGCGGCGCAUCAUCGGGAGCGUCGCGGACGCCGAGGCGGCGGCCGUGCCGGCCGCACCGGCGCCCGACGCGCGCGCGCCCGUGGCGGUGCGCGCGGCGCCGUUUGUCACUUCCCUCCUCGAGGCGCUCGCGGCGGACGGCGCCGCGGCCGCCACGCCGCACACGGCCGCGGGCGGCGCGGCGGAGGUGGCGGCGCUGCGCGCUUACCUGGCAUCCCAGCAGCCGUCCGCUGCGCUUCCGCCGGGGCUGGCGUUCCUGCGGGAAGCCGUGCAGAAGCUGGAGAGCCCGGCCAACGUGGGGGGCUCGUUUUUGGCACUGCUGGGGCGGCCGCUGGUGCGGCUGGGGCGUCUGAGCGUGCGGCAGGUCUAUGCGGAGGCGCAGGACUACGAGCGGCGCCGCUGGGGCUCCUUCAGGAUCCCCAUCAGCCCCGCCACCGCCACCGCCCGCGCCGCCCUCGACGCGGCAGAGCUGGCCGACUUCCAUUCCCAGCUGGCCACCUUCGACGCAACCGCGGGCAGCGGAACCUGGAAGAAGCCGGGCGCGGGCUGGGCGGCCGAGCCGGUCGCAUCCGUCAGCGCGAGCUAUGAGGAGUCAGCCGACGGCUGCGUGGAGGCGUGGGGCGGCGCCGCCGGCGCCGCGGGCGGCUGGCCGGCCGGCGUGCCGCGGCGCUGCGCGUGGAGGUGGCGGGGGGCGCUAACAGACUAUUGUUAUGCCGAGCCCGCGGCGCCGCGCGCCGGCGCGCCAGCGGUGCUGCUGUGCCAUGGGUUUGGGGCGUUUGGGGACCAGUGGCGGGGUAAUCUGGCGGCGCUGGCGGCUGAGGGCUUCAAGGUGUAUGCCCCGACGCUGCCGGGCUUUGGGCGGAGCGAGAAGGCACCUAUUGGGUAUAGCCAGGACGCAUGGUGCGCGUGA